CCUGCUGCAUCAUGAGCGCUGAAUGCAGCAGUUACCACAGCGCUGACGGCGUGUUUGUGGACGGAUUCUCAUGCCCCAGACCGGGCAAUGCCGUUGCUGCUGUCUACUGCUGCGGAUUUAACGAUGUCAAGUAUUGCUGUGACGAUCCCAACAGUUUUUUCCCGUAUGAGUACGGAUACAUGUGGUGGCUGAGUAUUGGCGCUCUGGUUGGUCUAUCCAUUGCAGCAGUGGUCCUCCUUGCCUUCCUCAUCACUGUGUGUGUCCUCUGCUACCUUUUCAUCGCCACCAAACCCAGUUGUCUUGACAACGGCCUACCCCUCAGAACUCCAGCAGGAGAUCCCAGUGAAGGACCCAGUCAUGGGAGAGCGACCUGCGUCUCUGGUCCACAGGGAUUCAGGAAACACUUCAUGAGCAGGAAACUGGACUGUGAUAACCAGCCGCCGGACCCCGAGCUCCUGUUCCAGAGGUGUUUCACAGCUACCGCCACCGGCCUGAAAGUGGAAAAUCCUUUGUAGGCCGCAGAGAUACUUGUUGUUAAAAAAAAAAUGAGGCCAGCAGUCCAGAAAUCAAGAGAGUCAGUGUGUCUGAAGGCAGA